UAGGCUGAUACUCUCCGCCAUGUGGAGGUUACCUACAGCACGACUGAAUCCAGAUAAAUUAGAUUAUUGGAUUGACUGCAACAGAUUAUAGCUCUCCUACUUCAUCGAUGCUUCAUACGAAAACCACAUCGAUUUGAUAAUUUCACCGGUAAAUAUAAAGACUGGCAGCCAUGCUGACCAGCUUUAUAGAGGGUCUUCUCUGCUGCCUGACCUCAAAGUCUGCCAACAUUGUGGUUCCUGUAGAAACCUCAGAACCAGCUGAUGGCUACGAGUUUGUGGAGGUGAAACCAGGCCGCGUCCUGCGGGUUCGACAUAUCAUCCCUGACCGUCCGGUGGUGGAGGAACCCACUGGGCAGGGUGGGAGUGUCAGCUGCAAACGAAAGAUCACAGUAUAUCGUAAUGGACAGCUAUUCAUUGAGAACUUGGGUGACAGGGCGAGUGCAGAGCUGAAAAACUGCCAGAAUGGAGAGACAGAACCAAACAGCACUGUGGAGGUCGAACUGACAGACUGUGGAAACUCCUCACCGCCCGUCACCAUCCCUGAGGCCAGGUCAGAGUGUGGCAUAGCUGGAAAAGACGGGCCAUCCGAAACAAGAGCAGAAGGAGAGGCACCUGCCACUGGACAGGCUGACCAGUCACAUCAGCAUAGGAAGCGCAGGCGGAAGCCCAAACGCACUGUGGUGAUCGACUGUGAGAGGAAGAUAUCAGCAUGUAAAGGGACACAUGCGGACGUGGCUCUGUUCUUCAUUCACGGAGUGGGAGGCUCACUGGACAUCUGGGGAAGCCAGUUGGACUUCUUUUCCAGGCUGGGCUACGAGGUGAUUGCCCCGGACCUGGCAGGUCAUGGAGCCAGCUCAGCACCACAGAUAGCUGCUGCAUACACUUUCUAUGCCCUGGCAGAGGAUAUGAGACUCAUCUUUAAGAGAUAUGCACGCAAGAGGAAUAUUCUCAUAGGACAUUCUUAUGGUGUGUCGUUCUGCACCUUCCUGGCCCAUGAGUAUCCGGAACAGAUACACAAGAUGGUGAUGAUCAACGGAGGUGGUCCCACAGCUCUGGAGCCCAGCCUCUGCUCCAUCUUCAACCUGCCCACCUGUGUGCUUCACUGCCUCUCGCCGCUGCUUGCCUGGAGCUUUCUCAAGGCUGGCUUUGCUCGACAGGGUGCCAAAGAGAAGCAACUGCUGAAAGACAACAAUGCCUUUAACGUGUCGUCCUUCGUGCUGCGUGCCAUGAUGAGUGGGCAGUACUGGCCUGAGGGGGACGAGAUCUACCAUGCUGAACUCACAGUGCCCAUCCUGCUGGUUCACGGCAUGCACGAUAAGUUUGUUCCCGUCGAAGAGGACCAGCGCAUGGCAGAGAUCCUCCUAAUGGCCUUCCUGAAGGUCCUGGAAGAUGGUAGUCACAUGGUCAUGAUGGAGUGUCCUGAGUCAGUCAACACACUCCUGCAUGAGUUCUUCCUCUGGGAGCCAGCCACCCCUCCACCGCCAAAGAAAGAGUCCAAAACGCGUCCAGAGACUGCCAAAGCCCAAUCUGACAACACCAAGGCUACAGCUGACCCUUCCAAGGUCCGACCUGCAACUGCUACACAUGCCUCAUCAAAUGACGGCACAGAGGAGAAGCCAGACAGCUAG